CAAUCUGCCAAAAACCGAUUUAGAUGGGGGGUCAAAUGUCAAACACUAUCAAAUUUCACAGUGUUUCUUAUAAAAAGGAGUUAGUGAUGUGGCAGUAAGAGAGAGAAGAAAAAACGCAUUCUUUAUCAAUUUUAACGCUAUUGAUUUAUUUUACAUUGCGAUUUUGAAGGAAUUAUUCAGUAGAAUCUACACACUGUUAAAUUCACAAAAGAUGGCUAGAAUUCUUUUGCAUCUGUUGAUGCUGAUUUCUACAACGAUUCCAAGUUUUUGUUUUGAAAAGGAUAACAAAGAACUGCUACUUGUGACCAUAGCAACAGAAGAAAAUGAUGGGUUAAGAAGAUAUAUAAGAAGUACAAAGAAGUAUGACUUGGAAACAAAGGUCUUUGGUUUAGGUUUGGAUUGGCGUGGCGGGGACAUGACCAAUACUGGCGGGGGUCAUAAGAUCAAUAUAUUGAAAGAAGAACUUUACCAGUAUAAAGACAGAAGUGACUUGAUUCUUAUGUUUACAGACAGUUAUGAUGUUGUUGUCACAGCUGGAGCAUCAGAGAUUCUAGAAAAGUUCAACAAGUUUGAUGCACGUGUAGUUUUCUCUGCUGAAGGAUUUUGUUGGCCGGACAGGUCAUUAGCGAGCUCGUAUCCUGAUGUGAAAUUACAUGAGAAGAAAUAUCUUUGUUCAGGAGGAUUUAUUGGGUAUGCUAAGGACGUGUAUGAAAUUAUUUCCCACAAUGCAGUAGCAGAUAACGAUGAUGACCAGUUAUAUUACACUAAAAUAUUUCUAGACAAAUCUCUCCAGGAGAAGUGGAAUAUAAAAUUGGAUAAAAGAUCAGAAAUAUUUAUGAACCUCCAUGGAGCUCUUGAUGAUGUCAUGUUAAAGUAUAAAGGGCAGCACAGUUUUCUCUACAAUGUUAAAACAGGCACAGUUCCCAUUGUUAUUCAUGGAAAUGGACCAAUUAAGCCAGAGUUUAACAGACUUGCUAAUUAUUUAGCGGACAGUUGGACAUCAAGUUCAGGGUGUAUUGCCUGUCAGGAAGAUACCAUUAAUCUUGAGGGCAUUGCUGGCGCCUUCUAUAGGGUUCGCUCCAACAAACUGUUGUACUGUAAACUUUCACCUAGAAUUGAUAAAACAGAAAAAAUGGGAAAAUUUAAAGUGAUAUAUAGAAAAUGUAACCAGAAUGAUCAAAAGAAGAAUGAAGAGGAUUAUCCAUCUAUUGUAUUGGGAGUGUUUGUGGAGCAUCCAACACCAUUUCUUAGAGAAGCCUUACAGAAGAUUGCAGCAUUAGAUUAUCCUAAACAGAAAAUUGAUUUCUUUAUUCAUUCAUCAGUGAGUGAACAUCUUAAGAAAUCACACCAGAAUGAGAUAGAUUUAUUCUUGAACAAGGUUGGAAUAUUGUACAAGUCUGUCAAUACUAUCAGGUUCAUAUGGACAGUUUCGGUGAAAAGCAGCAGCCAAGGUGUAUUUUAUUUGACAUUUCAGGGUUAUUUUAUGUUUGUUACAAACAGGAAAGAGUUUGGUUACCUGAUCAACUCAGAUGGAGCACAGACUGGUAGACUUCAUAUUGAAUUAUGGGAAAUAUUUAAUAACCCGUACGAUUGGGAGAAACGAUACAUACACCUAAAUUAUUCACACAGUUUAGCAGAAAAUGCUGUCAUAGAACAGCCAUGUCCUGAUGUUUUCUGGUUCCCAGUUAUGACAGAAGUGUUUUGUGAUGAGAUAGUAGCAGAGUUAGAAAAUGUCAACAUGUGGUCGGGUGGCAAGAGCGAGGACGCAAGAUUAAGCAGUGGGUACGAGAAUGUUCCCACCGAUGACAUACAUAUGACACAGAUUGAUCUGCAAGAUGGUUGGCUUGAAUUCUUGAGAAAAUAUGUAUCUCCUCUACAGCUAAAAGUUUACCCAGGCUUUUAUUCAGAUCUUCCUCGAGCUAUAUUAAAUUUUGUAGUGAAGUAUAACCCAGAACAUCAGAAAGAGCUGCGGCCCCAUCAUGAUUCAUCUACAUUCACCAUCAAUAUUGCCCUCUGAAAUACUCCAAAACUAGACUAUGAGGGGUACCUGGUAUAG